AUGACUGCUGAUCAGAAAUAUUGGGAUGAUUUAAAGCCCUUGCAGGAAGGUGUUCCUUCUAGGGAUCCAGCUGCUAAUAAGAAACGUUAUAUUUUGACAGAGGAAAGACGUAAAAUGUUUGAUGCUGAUGGUACUGCUAAAAGGUUUGAGCAUUUACUAUCUCUGAGUGCAUUGUUCAGACACUUUAUCGAUUCCAAAGCCAAGAAGGAUCAAAGGUUUCAAAAAGUUUUGGAAAUUGUUGAUAGAGAUAUGGCAGCUAAGAGUGCAAAAGCUGCUCAUCAGGAUAAAAGAAGAAGAAAAACUGAGAAGGAAGAAGAUGCUGAAUUGCUAAGAGGUGAAGAAGAAGCUGAAGAUGAAGAUGAUAGUGAAGGUUUGGAAUUUCAAUUCAGAGAAUCUCCUAGCUUUAUUGAUGGUACAUUGAGACCUUAUCAAGUUCAAGGUGUUAAUUGGAUGAUUUCGCUGCAUAAAUUUGGUUUAGCAGGUAUCUUAGCCGAUGAAAUGGGUUUAGGUAAAACUUUGCAAACUAUUACUUUUCUAGGUUAUAUGAGAUAUAUUGAGAAAAAACCAGGCCCAUUUUUAGUUAUUGCUCCAAAAUCAACUUUAAAUAAUUGGUUAAGGGAAAUUAAUAAAUGGACUCCAGAUGUUAAUGCUUUUAUUUUACAAGGUGACAAAGAAGAAAGAGCCAAUAUCAUUCAGAAUAAAUUGAUAUCUUGUAAUUUUGAUAUCGCAAUUGCCUCCUAUGAAAUUAUUAUUAGAGAAAAGGCAGCUUUUAGAAAAAUCGAUUGGGAAUAUAUCGUAAUUGAUGAAGCUCACAGAAUUAAAAACGAGGAAUCUUUGUUAUCACAAGUUCUAAGAGAAUUCACUUCUCGUAACAGAUUGUUGAUCACUGGUACCCCAUUACAAAAUAAUUUACAUGAAUUAUGGGCAUUGUUAAAUUUCUUAUUGCCUGAUAUCUUUUCUGAUUCUCAAGAUUUCGAUGACUGGUUUUCUUCUCAAUCUACUGAUGACGAUCAAGAAAAAAUUGUUAAACAAUUACACACAGUUUUACAACCUUUCUUAUUACGUCGUAUUAAAAACGAUGUCGAAACAUCUUUAUUACCAAAGAAGGAAUUGAAUUUGUACGUUGGUAUGUCUUCGAUGCAAAGAAAAUGGUACAAACAAAUUCUUGAAAAAGAUUUGGAUGCUGUUAACGGUGCAAAUGGUAAUAAAGAAUCUAAAACCAGAUUACUGAAUAUUGUCAUGCAAUUAAGAAAAUGUUCUAAUCAUCCUUAUUUAUUUGAUGGUGCAGAACCAGGUCCACCAUAUACUACUGACGAACAUCUAGUCUACAACUCAGAAAAAUUAUUGGUGUUAGAUAAAUUAUUAAAAAAGUUGAAGGCAGAAGGUUCUCGUGUUCUAAUUUUUAGUCAAAUGUCUAGAAUACUAGAUAUCCUAGAAGAUUAUUGCUAUUUUAGAGGUUAUGAAUACUGUAGAAUUGAUGGUUCUACUGCACAUGAGGACAGAAUUCAAGCUAUUGAUGAUUAUAAUGCACCAGAUUCUAACAAAUUCUUAUUUUUGUUAACAACUCGUGCUGGUGGUCUUGGUAUUAACUUAACAUCUGCAGAUGUUGUUGUCCUAUACGAUUCCGAUUGGAAUCCUCAAGCAGAUUUACAAGCUAUGGAUAGAGCCCAUCGUAUUGGUCAAAAGAAACAGGUUAAAGUUUUCAGAUUAGUUACUGAUAAUUCUGUUGAAGAAAAAAUUUUAGAAAGAGCCACUCAAAAAUUAAGAUUAGAUCAAUUAGUCAUUCAACAAAACAGAACACCAGUAAAUAAGAAAGAAAAUAGAAAUGAUCAGAAGGAUGCCCUUUUGUCUAUGAUCCAGCAUGGUGCCGCGGAUGUGUUCAAGGAUUCUAGUGAAACAUCAUCCUCCAGAAAUACUCCAAAUCCAGAUGGAACUGAAAAUACUGGUGCACAUGAAAUUGAUUUGGAUUCUAUUUUAAAUGCUUCUGAAGAUAAAACCAAAUCUUUGAAUGCAAAAUAUGCGGCAUUGGGUUUCGAUGACUUACAAAAAUUCAACCAAGAUUCUGCUUAUGAAUGGAACGGUACAGAUUUCAAAAAGAAAGUUCAAAAAGAAAUCAUUAGCACUUCUUGGAUUAAUCCUUCAAAGCGUGAACGUAAAGAGAACUAUAACAUUGAUGGUUAUUAUAAGGAUGUAUUACAAACUGGUAGAUCUACUACACCAGCACAACCUAGAAUGCCAAAACCACAUGCUUUCCAUUCUCAUCAACUCUUGCCAACACAAUUGAAAGUCAUCUACGAAAAGGAACGUAUGUGGACUGCAAAGAAGACUGGUUACGUUCCAUCAAUGGACGAUGUCAAAAUAACAUACGGAGAAAUAGAGGAUGAAACUGAGAAACAACAAAAAUUGCAAUUAUUAAAAAUCAGUAUCGAAAAUGCUCAACCAUUAACUGAAGAAGAAGAAAAAUUAAAGGUAGAGUUGGAAGCAGAAGGUUUCUCUAAUUGGGGUAAGAAUGAAUUCAGAAAAUUUGUUUCUUCCUCUGGUAAAUAUGGUAGAAAUUCUAUUCAAGCUAUCGCAAUGGAUUUAGCGCCAGGUAAGACCCUAGAGGAAGUACGUAAGUAUGCUCAAGCAUUCUGGAGCAACAUUGAAAGAAUUGAAGAUUAUGAAAAGAUACUGAAAAUGAUCGAAAAUGAAGAAGAAAAGAUAAGACGUGUGAAGAUGCAACAAGAAGCUCUACGUCGUUUGAUAUCUAAAUGCAGCAAUCCACUAUUUGAUUUGGUUUUGAAAUAUCCUCCUUCUUCAAACAACAAGAGGACUUAUUCUGAAGAAGAAGAUAGAUUUAUCUUGAUCAUGCUGUUUAAAUAUGGCUUGGACAGAGAUGAUGUCUAUGAAUUAAUUAGGGAUGAGAUCAGGGACUGUCCUUUAUUUGAAUUAGAUUUCUAUUUCCAAAGCAGAACACCAGCUGAGUUGGCUAGAAGAGGUAACACACUAUUGCAAUGUGUUGAAAAAGAAUUUAACUCUGGAGUUGAGUUAAAUGAUGAAACAAAGAAGCGUAUGGAGGAAGAAGACAGCACUGGUAAGAGAAUUAGAGAGGAAAUAAAGAAUGAAGCAGCUGAAGAAUCAGCAAAACAAGAAGAAAGUGAUGAAACCACUAAAGUCGAUGAAACAGUGAAUGAUGAGGAAGAUCAGCCUAACAAGAAGGUCAAAGUUCAAUAA